CAUUUCCCGGGAUUUUGCUAUAAAGCCGGCUUAAAACAUCAACUAGCUUCUUAAUAAUCCGAGCAAGAAAAAUUAGCCAGCGCUGCACUUCAAAGACGAGACUUUUAUAGAUAAACAAUGAGUUCCAGGAUGGAUAACAAGUCCUACUUGGUCCAGAUGAAUGGGAAUGGAGUCCACGGCAAAAACAGCGUCAAUGCCAAAACUCUGAAUGGGAGUGGGGUGAAUGGGAAGGUGGUUCACGGGAACGGCUUCCACCAUGUCAGUGUGAAUGGCUCUCUGUAUCCGGCCAAAGCCAAGAGCCGCAGGCAGAGAUGGUCAGUGAAGCCGUCAGAGAUGGCCAACAACACUCUCAACCCCAUCAGGGCCAUCGUUGACGGGAUGAAGCUCACCCCCAACCCUGACAAACCCAUGAUUGCUCUCUCUAUCGGGGAUCCCACUGUGUUUGGAAAUCUGCCCACAGAUGAUAGCGUGCUUCAGGCCAUGAAAGAUGCCAUAGACUCCCAAAAAUACAACGGCUAUGCUCCUUCAGUUGGAUAUCUGAAGAGCCGACAGGCAGUGGCCAACUUCUACAGCUGUGCUGAGGCUCCACUGGACGCAGAGGAUGUAAUUUUGACCAGUGGCUGCAGCCAGGCCAUUGACCUGGCUAUCAGUGUCCUGUGCAACCCAGGGGACAACAUCCUGGUCCCAUGCCCAGGAUUCUCAUUAUAUAAGACCCUGGCCGUCUCCAUGGGCAUCGAGGUCAAACUCUACAACCUGCUGCCUGAGAAGUCAUGGGAGGCUGACCUGCAGCACCUGGAGAGCCUGAUCGACGAGAGGACUUCCUGUUUGAUUGUCACUAAUCCGUCCAACCCCUGUGGCUCUGUUUUCAGCAAGGAACACCUGCAGAAGAUCCUCAAAGUGGCCUCCAAACACUGCCUUCCCAUCCUGGCUGAUGAAAUCUACAGCGAUAUGGUGUUCCCAGGUUGUGAUUCUCCCUCCAUGGCAACUCUCAGCAGUGAUGUUCCCAUCCUCUCCUGUGGUGGUUUGGCUAAACGCUGGCUGGUACCGGGCUGGAGGAUGGGAUGGAUCCUCAUCCAUGACAGGAAUGAUAUAUUUGGACCUGAGAUUCGACAGGGUCUGGUGAAACUGAGCCAGCGUAUUCUAGGAGCCUGCAGCAUCGUCCAGGGAGCUCUGGAGAGUAUCCUCAACAACACACCUCAGACUUUCUACCACGGGACCAUCAGCUUUCUCAAGUCUAACUCAGAGCUUUGUUUCAAUGAGCUGUCCUCCGUCCCUGGACUGAACCCUGUGAUGCCUUCAGGAGCCAUGUACCUCAUGGUGGGAAUUGAAAUGGAUCACUUUCCAGAUUUUAAGAAUGAUGUGGAAUUCACUGAAAGGCUGGUGACUGAGCAGUCUGUCUUCUGUCUGCCUGCUUCAGCGUUUGAGUAUCCAAACUUCUUUCGCGUUGUGGUGACGGUGCCUGAGGAGCUGAUGGUGGAGGCUUGUGGUCGCAUCGCUGAGUUUUGCCAGCGCCACUAUCGACCCCGCAGCCGUGACAGUAAUGAUCUGGAUCAGUGAUGCAGCAGGACCAGUCUGAAGUAAUGGACCUUAAAGAGACCAAGAAUGUCCACUUUAUAGUGCAGAUAGAGAUGUAGAAAAGUGAUGUCAAAACUGUGUUAAUAUCAUCACCACUGUGGGAACAAGAAGCCUGGGAGCAGCGUUUAAUGGUCCAUUGAUGGUGUAAUUUUUGAUGUAAACCAUAUGAAAUGAGCAGACUUAAUAUUUAUAUUUUAUACAAGUGACCUAUGUUAACCUCUACUUAUUUGUGCGUAUUUAUAUAAUUUGUGUAGCGUGUUCUUUGUCCAUGCAGCAUAACCUCUCAGACAACAACUAGGACCAUAGACUGUUCAUACUUGCCUUUAUAAACGUUAUAUAUCAGUAAUCUUUGCAUAUUUGCUUUUGCUAGACAUCAACUCUUAAUGCAUUGUAAGUUUGCAUUUGCAUGCUCUGUAUCUCAUCCAUACUCUGUAUAUUGUUUAAGUGUACUGAACAGCACUUAUGUAUAAAGAUAUUUUUACAGGGAAAAUUUGUAUAGUAGUUUUGUUAAUAGCAACCUAAUAAAAACAUGUGGAAAUUG